AUGUCAGCUUGGCGGCGAUAUCGUGACGAGACCCGUCGCUCCGUACUCUCCACCUAUCAAGUGCUCGGCUUCCUCUCUUCUGGUACAUACGGGAGAGUGUACAAAGCGUGCUUGCGCCAUCCUGACACUACAGGUACGCAAGGAGGUAAAGCGGGGAAAGUGCGCGAUCCUGAUGGAGGCGUGUAUGCUAUCAAGAAGUUCAAGCCAGACAAGGAAGAAGGUCCCAGCUACAGUGGCAUCAGUCAAAGUGCUAUGAGAGAGAUUGCGCUGAAUCGAGAAUUGAGGCAUGAGAAUGUCGUUACCCUGCGCGAGGUCAUACUCGAGGAUCGAGCAAUCUAUAUGGUCUUCUCAUACGCCUCGCACGACUUCUUACAAGUGAUUCAUCACCACAGCACAGUGUUACGUACCCCGAUUCCUCCACCCGUCCUCAAGAGCCUCCUCUUCCAGCUGCUCUCUGGCGUACACUACCUCCAUUCCAAUUGGGUCCUACAUCGUGACUUGAAGCCAGCAAACAUUCUACUCACCUCGAGCGGCGUAGUCAAGAUCGGCGAUCUCGGUCUGGCGCGCCUCUAUUCCCAGCCACUACAGCCACUCUACCACGGCGACAAGGUAGUAGUCACCAUCUGGUAUCGCGCCCCCGAACUCCUCAUGUCCGCCCGCCACUACACCCCCGCAAUAGAUAUGUGGGCCAUCGGCUGUAUCUGGGGCGAGCUUUUGGGGCUUCGUCCCCUCUUCAAGGGCGAAGAAGCGAAGGCAGACCCCAAGACGAAGAGCACGGCAUUACAGCUCGACCAGAUGGGGAAGAUAGUCGAGGUCCUCGGAAACCCGAGCACGGAACGAUGGCCAGCUGUAGAGACAAUGCCUGACUGGCAAGGGUACUAUGCUGCCAUGCGGUUGGGCAGCGAGCAACGCCCCAAUGUCCUCUUGGCGUGGUAUCAGUCGCGAUACAGGUCAGGCUCGGGGUUCGACCUCCUGGACUCUCUCCUCCAGUACGACCCUGCACGCCGCCUAACAGCGAAGGAGGCUCUCGCCCACCCUUGGUUCAAAGAGGAGACCGUCCCCACUCGAAACGCUUUUGCGAGCUUGCCCAACCCGGGAGGGACGUAUCCGAGCAGGAGACUGCACAGCGAUACGACUGACCCGGUCAUGGCAGUCGAUCCUUCGCAAGUGGCUCCACCUGCGCCCUUCGCUACGGCCGCGGCGGGAGGAACAGCCAUGCCCCUCCCUGGACCACCGGCGCCUGCUCCUGCUCCGGCUAGUGGGGGCAGUCUACCGAAUAGCGUGGGGGCGAGUCAUGGGCAUCUGUCAGUGGGCGCUGGAACGGGCAGCGCGGGAGGAGCUGGGGUGGCGGGAGGUGGUGGAGCUGCGGGUGGAUCAGCGGCGCAGGGGAGAGGAGGAAUGGUGGCUACCGCCGCCGCCAAUGCUACUGCGCAGGCCCAGGCUCAGGCUCAAGCGCAAGCGCAAGCUCAGCUUCAGCAGCAGCAGCAGCAGCAGCAGCAGCAGAGCAAGAGGGCUCGUCUAGGCUAG